AUGACGGAUUUGAUCGAUUUACGAAUGCAUCAGCACAUUGCACACGAAAUCUACCGUCAGCAAAUGUUGCAACGGAUACCAGAUCCGUUCCCAACGAUGCUGCCGGUUCCUGUUCCGUCGAUGCAUGCGAUGGCACUGCCACCCCGCUACUCACUGCCCGGCGUGGAGUUGAAGCUGCAGAACAAGGAGCUUUGGAGAGAGUUUCACAAGAUCGGUACUGAGAUGAUCAUCACCAAAAGUGGACGCCGAAUGUUUCCCUCGAUGCGACUCACGGUGGACGGACUGGAUGCGGACACAAAUUAUUGCGUGCUGCUCGAAAUGAUGCCCAUUAGUGAUUGUCGGUUCAAGUUCAGCGGUUCCCAGUGGGUACCGGCUGGUGGUGCCGAACCGCAAAGUCCCCAACGGUUCUGUCUGCAUCCGGACAGUCCAGCACUCGGCACGCACUGGGCCUCACAACCGAUCGUCUUCAACAAGGUGAAGCUCACCAACAACACGCUCGACAACAAUGGUCACGUUGUACUAACCAGCAUGCACAAGUACCAGCCACGGAUACACAUCAUCCGAACGUCGGACCCAUCCCAGAUUCCUUGGGCUGCCCAGCAAGCGUUCGUUUUCCCGGAAACGGAGUUCGUUGCCGUCACGGCUUAUCAGAACGAUCGCAUCACAAAGCUAAAGAUCGAUAACAAUCCGUUCGCCAAAGGGUUCCGAGAGACGGGCCAGUCGCGCUGCAAGCGAAAGAUGGGCUGUAACACAUCGACCUCAUCCUCGUCCUCCUCAUCGUCCUCGUCGGGCCCGGGCGGUAACGGUGGGGGGGCGGGAGGCUGCGGCGAUGGAGGACCGGACGGUGGUGGACAGUUGACAGACGACGAAGAUCGCCACGACCUGCACGACCUGAUCAAGCGCCCAAGAUCAAACGGUUCACCGGCUUCCGACUGUACCGUGCACGAGGGAGUACCUCCGAUGCAUCAUCCCCGACUUCAUCAAGCGUCUCUCCGUCCGUUUCCCGCCUCUCCCGAGCUACUGAUGCGUCAGUACAAUCAGAUGUUUAACCCGAGCUGGAUGGAUCUGAUGUUGCCAUACUUUGCCCGCCAUCACCAUCAUCACCCGUACCAUCCGCAUCCCUCCCAUCAACCACACCACCACCAUCAUCAUCCGCACCACCAUUCGCAGCCUCCUGGACCGUUCGCCGGGUCGAGUCUGGGACAUCCGAGCAUGGUGCCUGUUACCGGUAGCCAAAUUGCUGCCCCCGCUCUCGUGUCUCCCGCUCACUCCAAUCCGGACUCGACCGAUCUCGAUCGUUCGUCGGCGUUUAGUGUACGAACUCCUCAAACCAGUGGCAGUGAUUACGAAGCAAACGAGCGAGUAAGCGCCCGUCCGGACAGUCCGGAUGGGUCACCGAAGCCAACGAUUUUGCGACCUUCCGCCAUCAGACCGACGACGGGAUCGAGUCCAGCCACACCGACCGAAGCACCUCAUCAGCUGGGAGCGGUCGAUCCAUCCGACGCGAAUGGAGACGCGGAUCGGAAAAUUAACUUCAGCAUUGCUUCCAUCUUGCUGCUCUAGC